AUGACUCAAGACAGAACUUUUUUGCUGCUGCUGCUACUGCUGCCACUGCUUGGACUACUAGGACUGUGGUUGGCUCAGUCCUCCAUUGGAGAGUUUGGGUCAGAGACAUCAAGGCAGCAACAUGUGGCCAGUGCCAAGAAAUCUGUGCCUCAUUGGGAGAAACAAUACUGCAGUAUCAUAAUCAAGAAUGGCAAUGGCACCAUCACUAACCAAUGCAAAUCAAAGAAUACUUUUCUCCAUGGCAAAGCAGGGACCAUGAUGUGUAAGAUCCCCAUCCGUGUCCACUGCAACAAGAAGAGGUGCCAGCUGACUAAACAAUCUUUCAAACAGAUCCAUUGCUUACAUCAGGUACCAGGGAAAUUAAUCAAACAUAAAUAUAAAAGCUCCUCUAAUAGAAGCAAAAACACAGUGGUUCAAGAUGGGAAACCAGAGGUCCCUGUGCACUUCAGACCAUAA